UUGAGCUACAACACUGAUUCACUAUUUAAGGUGUCCUUACGUCCAAAACGGCUGGCGAAACGACGAUGGUGGAGUCGCAAGUACCCAAUCUACAUAAAGUUUGCGAAGAAACCAGGAGAUGUUGAUUUGUCUAAGCCAUUGUCGAGAUCGGUUUCAAUGCAUCCCGUGGAGUCGGCACCGGAUAAUCUACCAAUGGCAGGCGAAAUGGCUUCCGAUGAUGGUUAUGCCGCCGAAACAGACACCAGUGACAGCGAAGAUGAACAGCAGCGUUCUCGCAUCGGGCGUGCAAGCUCCUUAAGCGAAAUGCCAGAUUUUGUGAGCUUGCCUGAUGGUCAUUCUAGCUGUCGUACCAAGGGGCGAUCGAUCUACCUGUUUGUGAGAGCUGCUCGAGAGAAAGAGCGAUGGUUUCAUUUGUGA